UGGUUCUUAUCGAAGAGAUUUUAUGCGACCAUCGUGGUUGGCUUCUUCUCGAACUGGCCAGAAAACUCGGAAAUCGAACCUCCCAUUCGACUAGCAAUGGAGCAACAAGGGCCUGCAACUUCACAGAAGCUUCCUGCCGGGCUUGCAGGAGUGCUUAAUUCGCCUGACGACAAUCGGGACUCGGCCUACUUUUCCAGCACUGAUGCUUCGAGCAAACACACCUCGGCGGCGUCAUGCAUUGGCGUCAAUGUCCUGAGCCCAACCGGCUCCAACUUUCAUCCUUCCCCCACGGACAAAAUGCCCUCGCCUACUUCGACCAACCUCGUGCCACAGCCGUUGGUCUCCCCGGUAAACAGUCACAUGAGCGUUGCAUCCAUGGUGUCCCCUAUCACGCCGGGGAGCGCAGACCUGCGACGCUUCGAUCGGCCACAAUCGAGCGACUCGCCACCUACCAGCGCAACCUUUGGCGGGAACGGCGAAUUCCCUGAGGCCGUGUCGCGGCGAGAGAGCGUGGAUAGCAGGAUCAAUCAAGGCUUUGGCGAGAUGAGGCUCGGAAACUCGCCGUAUGCGAGUCACAAUCAGUCGACAGCAUCCAUACACAACACUCUACAGCAACAGCGGAAUCCGCGGUCGGGGCUUGAGAACAUACAGGUCCACCGCAUCUCCAACGGCUACCAGCCAAGCGCCGAGCGCAACCCCGAAGGUCACCCAAAGACCGUUCGGACCGCCCCUGCCAUCACUGGACCAGCCAUAAGCCAGAUUGCCCGGGCUGCAGAGCCAACCAAGGGUCAAGCGUGGGCGUUUCCCGAGGAGGAGAUACAGAAACUGCCCGUUGGAACAGCGCAGUCUUUUAUUGAUUCCAGGCGGAGCAGCGUAGCAGAUUCUGUCGCGAGCAGCCAAUACACGGCCGAGUCGAGGCUCCCCCCGGGCCAGAGGAGGUUGGACGAAGGCCUGGGCGGAACCGAUUACCAGCGACUCUCGAACGCAUCCGGCGAGUUUCCUGCUGUCCACCACCAUACCCUUCAGCACAAGCAGCUCGGAGACCUGCAAAAUGAGGAGUCAGGCCCGCACGGAGCGUCUCAACCGUAUAGCCGCACCCCCGAGCUGCGGGUUAGCCAUAAGCUAGCCGAACGGAAGCGAAGAACCGAGAUGAAGGAGCUCUUUGAACAGCUCAGGGAUCUGAUGCCUCAGGAGCGAGGUUCGAAGGCGUCUAAGUGGGAGAUCUUGACCAAAGCAAUCGCGGAACACCAGCGCCAAGCCGACAGUAUCAAAUUCCUGCAGACCCAUUGCAGCAACAUGCAAGGGGAGAUGGAGAUGGUGCGGCGGGAGCUCAAUAGCCUGCGAGUCGAGAACCAGCAACUCCGCAGCGAACUAACUGCCAUAUCGAGUCAACAACCAAGGGGUCAAUCGCAAGCCAUGGCAGACCCUUAUGCGACAGACCAGUUCGGGAGAGCACAACCCCGACCAGAGUUGCCGCCGCUUCGGUCUCUCCAAGGCGGCUCUACCGCACCUGGCCCGGAUUCCAUGACGGGGGUCCAGUACGAACAGCCCAGGGUUAAUGGAUACCGCGCCCCCGACAGGUUCUAGGUCUUCCAAGCCCUGGCGGCGGCUUCGGGACACAGUGAAGCGAGGCGAAUCAUUUCCGAGCAGGGCUAGGUGCCCGCCCUUCCUAGGGACAUGGACUCGCUCGUAACCUAGGAUUGCGACUGACUCGGAACCGACUCAGAACCAAUUCCGUG